GGGGCGGAGCCUGCGCCGGGCCCCCGGGCUCGGGAAGGCGAGCUCGGGCAGCAGUGGCAGUGGCUCCCCACGCCCACCCUCCGCCCGCAGGGCCAUGGGGGACCUGGGUCUGGGCCAGGAGUUCCACACGUGGCAUCAGUUCAGCAGCUUCUUCGAUGACUGGUGCGAGAAGCACAAGGUGCUGUUCAUCAUCGCCAGCCUCAAGCCGCUGAUCUCGCUGCGCCAGAACCCGCUGCACUACCAGCCCAGCCUGGCCGCCACCCUGCGCUUCCGCUUCGUCCGCCUCAUCUGCAAGCACAGUGGCACCUAUGUGGGCCAGAGCACCGUGCAACGCAACCGGCUCAGCGAGAAGAUUGACUGCCCGGCCUCCAUCACGCUGCGACUGGGCCCCAAGAAGGACCGUCUGGUGGUGAUUGAGGCCAGCCUGGAGCACAACCACAAGUUGUCAGAGGUGGAGUUUGCUCACUACUUCAAGCGUCACCAGCUCGAGGCCAGCAUGGGGCUGCCCAUCCGCAUCACCAACAGCGUGUCCAAGAGGUUCCUGGCGCCCGACCUGAUCUGGAACCUGGAGGACUACAGCAAGGCCAAGGACAAGGGCAUGUGCGAGCUGCUGAGCCAGCUGGACGGCCUCUUCAAGAGCGACCCAGGCGCCAAGGUCAAGCUGGUCUUCCAAGAGGAUGUGGCCGUGCUCAACAGCAUCUUCCUGGCCACGUCGCACAUGCGGGGCCUGGUGCAGCGCUUCCCCCGCUGCCUCUACAUGGACAAGGCGGCCUGCGUCAACAGCGAGUUCGAGCUGUACUCGGUGCUUUGCCAGGACGGCAACGGGCGGGGCCGCGAGUGUGCCUAUUGCGUGGCCCGCCGGGGCGUGCCCGAUCUGGUCAUCUUCAUUGUGGCCUCCCUGGUGCAGAGCGCGCCUGAUAUCAAGCUGAAGGUGAAGUGCCUGACCGUGGGGGCGGGUAUUACGGACGUGGAUGCGGUGGAGGAGGUGCUGCCUUGUACCCGUGUCCAGAUCUGCCGGCUGCAGGUGCUGGAGGCACUGUACCGCAAGGCGCGCGAGCUGGCCGUGCCCAAGGAGGACAAGGUGCGCAACCUGCUGCACAACAUGGCCAACGCCAGCUCGCCCCGCGUCUACAGCCAGUACCUGAGUGACCUGGAGGACGUGGCACCGCUGCCCUUCCUGCAGUACUACCUGGAGCACUGGCACCACAACAAGGGCAUGUGGGCAGAGUGCUGGGCCUUCGAGCGCAACUGCGACUGCCCCUUCCUGGAGCACAUGAGCUUCCACCAGCAGAAGCUGCGCUCAGCACUAAGCCCGCCUCUGGGGCUGGCGGCCUGCGUGCGGGGGCUGCUGGAGCUUCAGGUGCUGCGGGUGGAGAUGGCAGCGCUCAAUGAAGAGCGGGUGUCGGAGCUGUACCGCGCCGUGUGCCCACCUGACAGCGCUGCGCUCAUCGCCGAGGAGCUUGGCCUGGCCAAACAUGCCAACUACCACGUCAAGGAGGUGCCCGAGGGCUUCCUGCUGGAUGGCGGCAUCUGCUCCUUCCUGGUGAGCCGCGAUCUGGCCGCCUGCUCCUGUUCCAUAUAUGUCUCAAGCCGCCGGCCCUGCCGCCACCUCUUCGCCACCCGCCUCUGGACUGGGCAGCCCCUCUACGACCCUGGCUUGCUGCAUGCCUCAUUGGGCAGUGAGGGGCAGGACACCUAUUUGCCUGGAGUCCUCCGCUACAUCUCCCCCUCCUCCUCGCUCUUCUCUGUAGAGGUCUCUGUCUCGGGCUCCUCCAAAUGCAGUGGGGGGCCGUCGGGGGGGGAGGUGAGGGCUGCGGUGCAUUGUGGGAAGCGGGGGUUGGGUGCUCUGGUCCCUGCUUUGCUGCUUGUGGAGCAUCCUGGUGCUGCGGGGCUGGCCCAGGCUCCCCGCGGGAUGGAGGAGGACGAGCUGCAGGAGAAGGAGUUCUUCUCGUGGGAGGAGUUCAGCGCCUUCUUCGACGCCUGGUGCGAGCGCAGGAAGGUCCUGUUCUUCGUUAAGAAUUCGGUGCCGCUCAGCAAGUGCAAGUGGGCAACGGCACCCCCACGGCCCGACGUGGUGGAGGCCCUCAAGUACAGCUCCGUGCGCCUGGUCUGCAAGGACUUCCGUGGCUCCAGCAAGCCCAACCAGGGGGGGCAGCACAAGGGCUGCUGUGCCAGCAUUGUGCUGAAGAUGAGCCCCAAGAAGGAUCGGCUUAUCGUCACCGAGUGCCAGCUGGCCCACAACCACGCCCUGUGCCCCAUCGAGUUUGCCUACUACUUCAAGAAGGGCUACCUGAUGGCCAACUCGUGCUUGCCGGUGCGCACCACCAACAAGAUUUCCAAGCAGUUUGUGGGAGGGCCAGACGUGCGGCGCCUGCUCUCCUACUGCAAGAGCCGUGACCACGGGGUGCUGGACGUGCUGACUGUGCUGGACAGGCUCUUCGCCAGCGACCCCAACGCCAAGGUCAAGCUGGUCUUCAUGGAGGACAAGGUCAUCGUCCAGACCAUCUUCUUCCUGAGCUCGCGCAUGAUGGUGCUGAGCCGGCGCUUCCCACUCAUGCUGUUCUUUGACCGCAUGGUGGGGCUGAACGAGGAGUUUGACCUGUAUUCGGUGCUGUGCGUAGACGGGGCGGGGCGCGGUCGUGAGGUGGCCUACUGCCUCACGCAGCGGGAGACGCCCGACCUGCUGCGCUUCACGCUGGCCUCGCUGGUGCAGAGCGUGCCUGAAGUCAAGCUGCAGGUGCGGUGCAUCACGCUGGGCGUGGAGAUCGCCCACCUGGAGGCGGUGAAGGAACUGCUGCCCAAUGCCCGCGUGCAGAUCUGCCGCUCCCAGGUGCUGGAGACGCUCUUCAGCAAGGCGCAGGAGCUGGGUGCCGCCGAAGAUGAGCGCAUCUGGCCCCUGCUCUGCCGGCUGGCUGCAGCCAAGUCACCGGCCGCCUACCAGCAGGCGGCGCAGGAGAUGAAGGCCAUUCUCCCCCAGCGCUUUGUGCGCUACUUCCAGCGCCAUUGGCAGCCGCGCAGUGAGAUGUGGGUGCAGUUCUGGGCCUUUGAGACGGCCCGCAACGUUAACGCCUGCGAGCUGCUCAAGCAGCACCAGCGCCGGCUGCUGGCAGCCCUCAGCCCCUCGCCCACUGUGGCCCAGUGCAUGCUGGACCUGCUGGCCAUGCAGGUGGGCAGCGAGGCCCAUGAGUUGGACGAGGGAGAGCUGGCCACGCACUACCGUGCCAUCUGCAAACCGGAGCCGGCUGGCCUGAUUGAGGAGGAGCUGGGCUUUGCACGGCACGGCCGCUACCGCUUCCAGGAGACGGCCGAGGGCUACCUGCUCCAUGACGGCCUGUCCGAAUUUGCCAUGGAUCAGGCCCUGACACGCUGCUCCUGUUCCAUCUACUCCUCCAGCCUGCUACCCUGCCGCCACCUCUUUGCCACGCGACUGCGCACUGGGCUGGCGCUCUUCGACCCUGGCCUGCUGCACAGGAACCAAGCAGCACUGCUGGGCGCAUGCUAGGGCCAUGGGGCAGGGACCCCAGCUGCUCUGGGUGCUUACUGUGUAAGUCAGGGGGCCAGGCACUGGUGUGGGGCCGGAUGCACAUCUGCAGCUCACACAGCAGGGGAAAAGUCAGCCCAUUGCCACAAUGGGGGUGCCCUGCGAUGAUGUCAGGAUGGAUGGGAUACCUGAAUGCUGAUCCUGUUUGACUUGUUUUCACAAAGAAGAGAAAGUGGUGGGUGCUGCUGUCCCAUAGGUCAGAGCACCUGCAGCCCAGGCUGGGUUGAGAUCCCAAGGUGUCUGUGUACCCAUGGUGGGAUGGGCACUGCUGGGCCAUAGCUGAGAGCACCCAGAGCCUGCUGGCACAGGUGGGUGGAUGGAUGCUGUUGUAUGGGGUGUGACAUUCUGGGGUAUCUGUGCUGGCAGAGGCAGGUGGGUGGAUGAUACCAUGCGGGAUCUGAUGCUCUGGGGGGUCUGUGCUGGCAGAGGCGGGUGGAUGGAUGAUACCAUGCGGGGUGUGACAUUCUGGAGUGUCUGCACUGGUAGAGGUGGGUGAGUGGAUGAUGACGUGGGUGUGAUGCUCUGGAGUGUCUGCGCUGGCAGAGGCAGGCGGGCAGAUGGUGCCACGUGGGCUGUGACUCUGGACUGUCUGUGCUGACAGUAGAUGUCCCGAUUUUAUAGGGACAGUCCCGAUAUUUGAGGCAUUUUCUUAUGUAGAAGACUAUUACCCCCUACCCCGUCCCGAUUUUUCACACUUGCUGUCUGGUCACCCUAGCUGACAGUGGUGGGUGGGCAGAUGGUGCCAUGUGGGGUGUGAUGCUCUGGAGUGUCUGUGCUGGCAGGAGCGGGUGGAUGUUGCCAUGUGAGGUGUUACACUCUGGGGUGUCUGUGCUGGCCGAGGCACGUGGGUGGGUGGUGCCAUGCAAGGUGUGAUGCUCUAGGGAUGUCUGUGCUGUCAGAGAUGAGUCUGUGGAUGAUGCGAUGUGAUGCUGUCUUUGUACAGAGAAUACACUUUAUUCAAUAAAUGUAUAUUUUCCUUUUUGACCCUU